AUGAAGUUCGGAAAGCAGCUUCUCACUCAACAAACUACAGAAUGGGCUGCUCAUUAUAUUAAUUAUAAAGCAUUGAAAAAAAUCAUAAAUAGCUUGCCGAGCGCCUACAAAAGUAAUGAACGAUCCUUACCACCAACUCCUGCAAUCACUGUAACCCUUGGUGCCUCUCGAAAUAAUGAUCUCCCCCAAGCUGCUGACCACUUACAACAGCAGAAAGCUGCCUUCUUUUUUAAACUUGAGCGUGAAUUAGAAAAAGUUAACUCUUUUUAUGUGCAAAAAGAAAAAGAAUUCAAUGUUAGAUUACGAACUUUACUUGAUAAAAAAAGAAUUUUAUUAGGCGGUGAAAAAAAAUUAUCAUCCAAUUCUACAUCCUUGUUCACGUUGACAGAAGCACUUCAACAAUUUCAACAAGAUUUAAACAAGUUACAGAUUAAUGCCACCGGUUUCAGAAAGAUCCUUAAAAAAUGGGAUAAACGAUCCAAAUCCAGCACAAAAGAACUUUAUCUUGCGCGUCAAGUUGAAAUUCAACCAGUCUUUAAUAGAGAUAUUAUGUCUUACAUGGUAGAUAAUGUUGACAAUAUUUUAUUGGAACUUCAAAAUCUUUCACAGGGCUUGAUCACCACUCCCUCAUCUCGAUCGACAUCUCCCGGGCGUCGGUUGUCUGUUUGCGAAUUAACUGUUGAACAUGAUGUUAUGGAUGAUAUUGAAACUGACCUUUUCAUGGCAAUAAUGAAAGAUUCUACUUUAACUGUACAGGAAGUUUUGGGAAGGGUUCAACAUCAAAUUGAAGAGGAUAACGAUAUCUUAUCACGCGUAUUUUGGCGUGUCUGUUCGGAAAAGAGUUCUUUAAUUGAUUCCAUACAAUGUUUGGUUGGCACUAAUAUGAUUAAUUUCAAAUAUGUUGACGAUAUUAGUGACCGAACAUGUUUACAUGAAGCUGCGAUCGUUGGUCGAUUACCACUUAUUGAACUUUGUGUUGAUAAAGGUGCUAAAGUAGAUUGUUCUGAUGUUUACGGUCGUAGACCCCUGCAUUACGUUUGUAUGUACGGAUAUAGUGAUGCUGCCACCUUUCUCUUGUCACAAAAAGCUGAUUGUGAAAGUUUAGAUCAUGAUGGAUUUAGUCCCUUAAUUUAUGCUGUCACAAAUGGUCAUACAAAAUGUGUAGAAAUUCUACUUGGCGCUGGAGCUCAAAUUGAACCACAAAUAGAAGAUGGUCAUAGUCAUAUACCACUAUCUUUGGCAUGUAAAUAUGGUCAUGAAGACAUUGCCAUGUUGCUGCUAGAAAAAGGUGCUCAGAUUAUACCAGACGCGGAGGGACUUACUCCUUUACAUUUAGCAUCCCGCGAAGGACAUCACAAAUUGUUAAAAAUCUUGACUGAACAUGGUGAAACUCUAUUAGACACACGAGAUAAAUAUAAGGGAUGGACACCUAUUUUUUAUGCUGCAAGUGAAGGGAACAUAGAAUGUGUCGAUGUUUUGGUUCAAGCAUCUUGUCAGGUUGACAUCUCAGACGAAUCAAGUCAUUCACCCAUAUAUUAUGCAGCAUGGGAAGGCCAUAUAGAAUGUAUCGAUAAAUUACGUAAGGCCGGUGGACGCGUUGAAACUAUUGAGAUGAAAGAGGAAUCACCAAAUUUGGUAGUCACAAACGGUCAUCUAGAGGGUGAUAUUGAUAUGGAUAAUAUGGAAAUUAAUAUGGACUCGAUUCCUUCAUUGUCAUUACCGCCUCCAAUUAUACCUCUUCGCAUUUAUGGACAUAAUUACUUGGAUAAGAAAUAUCAUGUUCAAUUAACUCUUGGACAUUUAUCAACUAAACCUCGAAGACCUCCCGUACAUCUUUACGGAAACAGUCAAAUUUCAUCAUUAAAACUUAUCAUGUCCUCUAAACCAGAUACAGGAAUAAUUCCUCAUAACAUUAUAUUACCAUUGGGUGAUGAUCGAGAAGUUUUUUCUUUUCAAACAGAUACCCUUAAUAAACUUUCACUUGAGUUUGAUAUCUUUCCUACAUUCGGAUCAAAAGUUAUCGGCAAAGGAGUUGCAUUACCACACGUUUUUAACUUUACCAACGGUCGCGAAAGAAGGAAUAAUUUGGUAACCGAAGGGACAGGCGGAAAAUGUAUUUGUCCUGUAUUUGAUACACAUCUCAAAGUCGUUGGAGAAUUAUCAUUUGAAUUUGCUAUUGUGAAACCAUUUCAAGGUGUACAACUUGAAAUUGGAGGGCAAGUAGAAACUUAUUGGAAAUCUACCAAUACAGUAUCACUCCCUGGAUCCGUUGGCGACCAAUCUCCAAGUACUGGAGGAAUUAAUAGUAGGAACAUAUCAUCAUUCAUAACUAGUUCUUCAUUAUCAGGGGAGUAUAUCCAGGUCGUAGUACAAGUGACCAGAGAUAUGGUUGCUGUUGUGUAUUCAGAAUGGAUGUUACCAGUCGAAGGAUUUGAUUUGAGUGUGUCCGAUGUUACAGUUAAACAAUUUAAAUCAUUAAGUCGUAAGUCACAAGAGGAACUAGAUUUCAAUAAUGCAGCAAACUCUGCAGAAUUACAAAAAAUUGUCCACCAAGCAUAUCUUACUUUAGAAGAAGUUUUAAAGAAAUUGCCACCAUCUAUUGGAGUCAAUCUUGAAAUCAAAUAUCCUACCGUAUUCGAAAUGUCCCGAUAUUGGUUCUCUGACAUUCCCGAUAUCAACACUUAUGUAGACACAAUUCUUCAAACUGUAUAUGAUCAUGCGCAAGGUAACACCACCAAUAAUGGAGACGGCAAAUUACCUUCAAAUCGAUCUGUGAUGUUUUCGUCAUUUAAUCCAGCGAUUUAUGCGGUGUUUUUCAAUUCAUAUUGUGGAUUUGACAACAAUACAAUCAAUUAUGGUAAAAAACGUAAGGAACAAGGGGACGACGCGACACAUGGAGAAGAAAUUGAACAAGAUAAGCGUUGCACAUCUAUCAAGGAAGCAGUCAAAUUUGCAAAAAUAAAUAACCUUUUAGGUGUCAUUUUUGAGGCCACAUUAUUGAUUCAUGUUCCAUCAUUAAUAACUAAUGUUAAGCAAGGCGGAUUAAUAUUAACUACAUUUGGAUCCGCGAAUAAUGAUCCUCGUAAUAUUCGGAUCCAAGAAAGAUAUGGGGUUGAUGCUAUGGUGAUUGAUGGUGUCAUCAAAUACACUACACGAUAA